AUGCAGUCCGACGACCCGCUGGUCCAGGCCUUGCCACCUAACACCGACUACCUCACCUACUGCACCCUCCUCGAGUACCAGUUGACCCCUCAGCGUCUACCAUUGCUGCACACCCUGCUGCAAGAUGAGAAGCUUACCACCAACAUCGGCUGGGACCUGGUCAAGCUGCUACUGCCCAUGCUGCCGGCAUCCACCGAAUGCCUGCACGAUGUCGCACGAUUGGGCAACCCGCGCGAAGUGAUUCUGCGUGUGUCCGAAUCCCUGAUGCAGCUUCACCCAGGGGACGACGAAGAUGACCUCAGUGACGCCGAGAAGCCGCUGCCCGCGCAUACGCUCCAGUUCAACUGUCUCCUCGCCAUGCUCUCUGUCUUACAUUCCCGGAUCCAAACCAAAUCGCCCAGCCGGUUCGUCGCUACAUCCAUGCAAGCGGCUCUCGAAGCAUACACGGCGAUGCCGAGCAACGAAACCACCCUGGCCCUCAUCGAAUUCCUCCGGGAAUUGACCCCAACCAAACGGCCUGCUCCGCCUCCACGGGUGGCUAGUGAGUCUAGUGUCUUGCGAGUUUUGCAGAAGUCGGCUCCGGAUCCAGAAGCCGAGGCGCCGUCCCCGUCCCCGUCCCCCGCAGCCGACAACGAGACCCUCCUCGUCCAGAAGUUUGUCCAGUUUGGACUCCUCGAGCUUCUCAAGUCCUAUCUGUUGAAUCUAUCAGGUCCAUUGGAUCCCGGGAUGGCGUGGGCCACUCGCAUGCAGGAGCAUUUACAUUCGGAUCUGCGGUUGCCCGAACAGUCGCUGACCGAUGCAUUCGCGACCACCCCACCGCUCAAGGAGCGAGACAUGAUUAUGGGGAAGAUUGUCGCGCUUUCUCGAGACGUGGGGAUAACUAAUGACCAGCUGUUGGCCAUAAUUUCCCAAACACCAACGGACCACCGGCCUCCUCUGGACUUUGACGAACCUCCCGCAUCCCCCGACGACAUCCCACUCGAGCGCCAUGGCUCUCUUUUGCUGCUGGCAGCCCGCGCUGCAGGCGCAACCCUCUUUGCAUCGGGACAUGCAAUGCCCCAACUAUCUAUUUUCCCAGAUCUGGCGAAGAUUUUUGGUUAUUUUGUCGGAGACCACGAGAAUCUCAACGAAGUAGCGUUUGGACAACCCCAUGCGCUUUUGGACUCACUGCUAGCUCUUACUGUGCAUACCACGCAGCAGCCUAUCACGGAAUCGUCCACCGAAGCAGAGUUCAAGGACUUCAUCCUUACAUUGACUGCAUGCACUGCCCGUCAAACUCAUGACAUCGUCCGUCAAAUCCCAGCUUCCAUCGUACACAGCCAUCCUUCGCAGUCUACCAGGUACAAGCUCGUCCGCACCAUCCUCGAAGACGACCGCCUGCACGCCGCCCGGGAUAGUGCUAUUAGCUGGCUUAAGCAGGAGAUUUUGAGUACCGACGCCCUUACCACCAACAUCUUCCUCGACCCAUCGUUAUUCAUGGUUAUUUUACCAUUGCUUUGCAAUCUCGUCCCCGCCACCAGCUCCGUCUCCGAUCUCGUUGCCUGCUGGAUCCGUCUCACGCAGACGCAGGGUCCGCCUUUGCACUCUGCGCUGAGUCUGUACUACCUGCUUCUCUCAUCACAGCCACUCAGGGACGGUCUUCAACUCGAGAAGUCCCACAAGUACUUCCGCGUGCACGCUCUAAAGCCCCUCCGCCAGUUAUUCAGUGCCUUCGACGCUGAUCUCGCUAGGAACGGCGGCGAAGGUCUCAUUGAAGCUGCUGUCGGCGAAGACAUGUGCGGUAUCGGCAUGACCCGCUGCGGGAUGAUUUCCUUGACUCUGGACCAGAUCGAGGAAACGGCUGGCGAUGCAUUUGGCACGGAUGAAACGGAGCUGCAGGAGUUUUCCGAGGAGGAUUUGGCUAAGGUUGAGAAGGCCAAGAAGGAGAUGGUUUUUUGA